AGGCAAAAAGCCCUCAAAGACUAACGGGAAGUGUAGGCAUGGUCUCAUUUGGGACGGACGGAUCUUUUUCUAAAAGAAGACUCACACCGCCUCAGCAGACCGGUCGGCACAGAAAACAGAGAUUUCUGACCAAAAUGGGUGACUCUGGAUUCGAGGACGAUCUGGUUUCCUCUCUCAUCGCUCACCGUUCACGCAAAAAUGCGCCCCACCUGGGGUCAGAGGAGCCAGAGUCAGCUGAUGGAGAGCUGUCCAACUGGUACCUUCAGUAUGGAGAUGUCGGUUUCAGGAUCCAGAGGGAGAAAGAGUUGCAGUUUCAUCCCUGUCAAAGCCUGGCACGUCAACCACAACUGACUGCAGAUGCACGCUGUAAGCUGGUCAGCUGGCUCAUCCCUGUCCAUAAACACUUCCGUCUGUCCUUUGAGUGCUGCUGCCUGACUGUGAACAUCGUGGACAGAUUCCUGGCAUCCACUCCAGUGGCUACAGACUGCUUCCAACUCCUGGGUGUCACUGCACUCCUGUUAGCCUGUAAACAGGUGGAGGUGCGCUCUCCUUCGGUCAGCUAUCUCCUGUCCUUGUGCUGUGAUGCAUUCACUAAGGAGCAGUUCUGCAAUCUUGAGUGCCUUGUCCUCCUCCGCCUUAACUUUCGCCUUACUGUGCCCACCUUGGCUUUUUUUCUUGACUAUUUCAGCAACCUUGUAGAAGAUGCCCAGCAUGUGAUUAAAAACAACAGCAUUGAUACGUUUUCAGAGGUGGGUUCAGAGAUAGCAAAGAUCAGAAAUUGCAGUGAACUUGCAGAAAAAAUCUGCGAGUUAACUCUAGCAGACUACGCUUUCAAUAAAUACCCACCAUCUCUAACUGCUUGCUGCGCCCUGAGACUUGCAUGUCGAUUACUGAAAACCGAACACCGUUUUACUGAGCAGGCAGCUGUAGAGAUGGAGGAAGACCAAUGGGAGUGUUUCACACAUCUAUGUACUCAGUCAGUUUGCAUCCGGCCAUGUGAAAACCCUGUUUUUACCCCUGGGGAGUGUUUGAGAGUGGAAGAGUCUGCAGGUCAGGACUACAGCCUGGUGCAGGAAUGUAAAGAAAACCUAAAGCUACUGGUGUCACUGAAUCAGGAAACUCUAAAAGUGAUGCCAAUGAUGUAACACGUCACCUUUUAGAUAAUAAUAAUAAUAAAAAAAAACAUUUUUAGCAAUAAUGUUUUAGAUUAUUUGUAUUUAUUCAAACAUUAAUUGUCUAAAUACCUCAUGAACAGUCACGUUUUUAAAUGCUAA